AUGGCAAAGAAAAAAUAAUUAAUUGAAGUAGUAGAAUUUACAAAAGCUGAAAAGAAAGCACUAGAAAAAUUGUAAAAAUUGUUUUUAAAAAAUACAAUAGAGAUCAUUCUCAUUUAUUAAUUGAAAUUUAAGUUAUAUAAGAUUGUAUAGAGGAGUUAUAGAAAAAGAUUUAUAAAUUAAAUGAAAAUGUCAGAAUAACAAAUGAAUAAAAUGUAAAGCAAAUAUGAAAUAAUGUUUAGUUGGCUUUAACUUUAAAAAUGGAAUCUGAUAUAAUAAAAAAGAGAGUGAAUAAAAUGCACUAUUAUAGUAAUAUGAACAUUUAAAAAAAUAAAUAACUGAAGAAAUAGAAAGUGUCAUAUAAAGAAAAGAUGAAAAAAUAAGAUGUAAUUUUAUUAUUGAAAAAAUUAGAUUUGGAAAAAGAGAAAACUGAAUUAGAAAUUAGACAUAAAGAUGAAUUAUAAUGAAAAAGUGGAGUUAAUUUAAAGUAGAUAUAUAUAUUUAGGAAGAAAAAGAAAAUUUAAUAAAAGAAAUUCAUGAUUUAAAA